AUGGCUCCUCGGCCCGUCGACAGUUGCCGGUUACUGGUUCUAGAUUGUGUGACCAAACUUGGCGUUCUCAGUCGUGACGAGGCCGAUUCCACCACACCAGGGAUUGGCAGCGGCGUCCAGCAGAGAAGCCUUCUGGGCCUCCUCUCAAACGUCUCCCACGGUUCCAUCUUGGUCACCAUAGGGGACAAGGACACUGCACUGGCUCUUGGCAUCAAAUGCAGCGACACUCUGUCCCUGAGUGCAAUGCGCGGGACGCAGGCUGUGAACCUGCUUCAGAAGAAACUCGGCAAAAUACUGGAGCACAAUUCACUCAAAAUCGUGUGGGCGGCAGCAAUAAGAGGUCUAUGCAGCUCUUUUCAAGACGGAUGUUAUCAAUUCCGACGAGACUGCAGCGCCUCAGACUUAAUCAAAGCCUGCUGGAGGCCUGUCAUUGGGUUCCUCGAACCCACCAGCUGCAAAGUGUUCACGCCAGCAACUGCUCUGCCCUCUUUCAUGGCGUUCUCCGACCGCGACAACAUUCCGAAAUCGAUUACUGAGUUUCCGACAUGCGACGCAGACGCGAGCGCAGUUAGCGGGGCCGACCAAGGCAACGAGAGCGACUUCCAAUCGGACAAGCCACCACAAAUUGGAGACAGAGGCGGUAACAGCUCAACCGGUGCCUCUGAGAGGGACGUACAGGAUCUGCUUGACGCGGGCCGUAUAGCUGCGGGAGACUUCGGCAUUUUCUCAAUGCGCCAAGCCGUGCAACUGGCAAUGAGACACUGGCUGAAGAACAAUGGAUAG